UUGUAACAUCCACCCAUCCUUCAUCUCUCUCUCUCUCUCUCCUAUUUUUUUUUGCCCUAUCUAUUAGGGUUCCAGUGACCUCUCUUUCCUUCCAAUUCUCUCAUGCAUUCAUCGAUUGACGCUCUAUACGUUGCAUCGUCCGUGUUUUUGUUCUUGGAUCUCCUCUUUUUUGCUCUCCAUCGAGAGUUUUUGGGGCUUGAUCGCUUCAAUUUCGACCUCCCUAGGUUUUUCCAACUGUUCGCAUGUCGAAACUCUUCGAUUACAGUGAUGGUAAUUUUUGUCCUGGGGGAUCAAUAUACCCAAAUCCCAAGGAAUCGAAUCUCUUUUUGUCCCUUGGCCAUCAUGUUGAUGUCUAUUUUCCUGUUUGCAAGAGGUCUCGCAUCAGUGCCCCUUUUGUAUUCAGUGAAGAAAUUUUUGAGGAGAAGCAGCCAGCCUCCAUUGAAGUGCUUCCUGACGAAUGUCUCUUUGAGGUCUUCAGACGUCUCCCUGGAGGUGAAGAGAGGAGCAUCUGUGCUAAUGUUUCCAAGCGCUGGCUUAUGCUUUUAAGCAGCAUUGGCAGGGAUGAAAUUUGUGCCAAGAAAACUGAUCCAUCUUUUGAGAUGGAGGAAAAGUUUCUCCCCAAUAAGGCACAUGAGUCCUCUGAGUGUAACAAGAAGGGUGGGAUUGUUGGUUCUAAUGGUAAUAAAGUUGAAGUUGAGGCAGAAGAUGAAGAGAUAGAGGGUGAUGGAUACCUUUCCAGGUGCCUUGAAGGGAAGAAAGCUACAGAUGUAAGACUUGCAGCCAUUGCUGUUGGAACUGGUCACCGCGGAGGAUUGGGCAAGCUUUCUAUCCGAGGAAGCAAUUCUACUCGUGGGGUAACAAACAUUGGCCUCAAGGCAAUUGCACGUUGCUGCCCUUCGUUAAGGGUUCUUUCUCUGUGGAAUGUAUCAUCUGUUGGAGAUGAAGGCCUAGUUGAGAUUGCCAAUCGGUGUCACAUGAUAGAAAAGCUUGACCUCUGCCAAUGCCCAGCGAUUUCCGACAAGGCUUUGCUGGCCAUUGCAAAGAAUUGUCCCAAUCUGACCUCUAUAACAGUUGAUUCUUGUUCAAACAUCGGGAAUGGAAGCCUGCAAGCUGUUGGUAGUUACUGCGGCAGCUUAAGAAAUGUUUCAAUAAAAAACUGCCCACUUGUUGGGGAUCAAGGAAUUGCAGGUCUCCUGUCAUCAGCCAGUUAUUUGUUGACGAAGUUGAAGCUACAUGCUUUGAACAUCAGUGAUGUGUCUCUUGCUGUUAUCGGACACUAUGGCAAGGCAGUUACUGACCUAGUCCUCAGCGGCCUCCAAAAUGUGAGUGAGAAGGGCUUCUGGGUCAUGGGCAACGGUCUGGGUCUGCAGAAGUUGAGAUCCUUUACAAUUAUCUCUUGUCAAGGAGUGACUGAUAUAGGGCUUGAAGCAGUGGGUAAAGGUUGCCCAAAUCUGAAGCAGUUUUACCUUAACAAAUGUGCAUUCUUAUCAGACAAUGGAUUGGUAUCUUUUGCCAAAGCUGCAGUGUCACUUGAGAGCCUUCAAUUGGAGGAAUGUCACAGGGUUACCCAGUCUGGGUUUUUUGGUGCUCUCUUAAACUGUAGUGGAAAAUUAAAGGCUCUUGCUCUGGCAAACUGUCUAGGGUUUAAUGAUUUGGUCUUGGGUUGCCCUUUAAUAGCGCGUUGCACCUCCCUGCAAUCUUUAUCUAUCCGUAACUGCCCUGGAUUUGGCAAUGGUAGCUUGGCCAUGUUGGGUAGAUUGUGCCCCCAACUACAGCACGUGAACCUCAAUGGGCUUCACGGAAUAACAGAUGAGGGUGUUCUCUCACUCAUCGAGAACUGUGAGACUGGCCUGUUAAAGGUUAAUCUUAGCAAUUGUGUGAAUUUGACAGACAAGGUGGUUUCAGUCUUUGCCAGGUUGCAUGGUGUCACUCUUGAACAGCUGAAUCUUGAUGGUUGCAAAUAUGUCACUGAUGCCAGCUUGGUAGCAAUUGCGGAGAAUUGCUUAUUUUUAAGUGAACUUGAUGUUUCUAAGUGCGCAAUAACUGAUUCUGGCAUUGCAGCCUUGGCUUGUGCAGAACAGCUCAAUCUGCAGAUCCUUUCAAUGUCUGGUUGCUCCUCCAUAUCAGACAAGAGCUUGACUAGUUUGGUAGAGUUGGGUCAGACUCUUGUGGGGUUGAACAUCCAGCACUGCAAUGCAAUAAAAAGCAGCACGGUUGACCUGCUUGUGGAGCGCCUAUGGCGCUGUGAUAUCCUUUCCUAAGCAGGGACCAUUAUUGAAGCCCCUUUCUGGACUCUAGAUCGCAAUGGAAGUGAAGGGGUUGAACAUAUUUAAGGAGUUCCAGUCUAGUUUAAUUUUGUGGGUAACAGUACUUCGUAGUUUUUGGAUCCAUCAGUUGUGGGUCUUCUUGCAGUCCAGUGACCUAGUUCCUUUUUUUCCGGGAGAGUAUGGCCUAAUACACUUUUUUUGCAGCUUACCUUCCAUUAGGAUGCUGUUUGAAGAAUUUUGUGGUCUUCCAAAUGGAGGGUUCGCCUCGUCUUCAUGGCCAUACUUUCCUGAGAAUACAGCUCUGGGUUCUGGUUCUAGCAAUUAUUCUCUUCCACCGUCAUUUUCUGUUGCUGUGUGGUGUUGGAAGUUAGCUAGUGUUUUAGCGUAGCCAUGCAUCGAUUAUGCCAUCAUGCUUAGGCUAAGCUUUCUAUCAGCUCGUCUUUCGCUGUUUGUCAGUCUGUCCACGUUCAGUUUUACCCAGUCUUGUGAUGGUUAGUUCUCUUUUUAUUUUUCUUUUUACCUUUCAGGGUGGGUUAAGAUUACUUGUAUCUCUUUGGUCUAUGGUUACUUUUGGCAGUUCAAAGUUUGUGGCCUUGCUUUCGUGGGCUUUGGCCGUGACAACAGUUUGAUUCUGUUUGCCACGACAACCCUUGGGUUGUUUUUUGUUUUAUUUAUUACCAAGCCCUAGUUUUUGCAGGCUUCACCUGUUCAUGAACUGUGUAUUUUGAUAGUGUGCCUCUUUGUACUUCUGCAUAUGUAGUAAUCUUGAAUAAAAGUUGGGAACCUUUUUGUUAUAAUGAGAUUGUUCUUUGCUGUUAA